AUGUCGGAGAAGAAACAAGAGAGGGACUUUACUCCAGAGGUUGAUACGUUGCUCCCGGAAGCGACAUCUUUGGCGGAGUCAGGGAAACUCCAAGAAUCUUUGGAUAAGCUCUUUGCACUAGAGAAGCAAACUCGUAACGCCUCGGAUUUGAAGUCAACGACUAGACUGGUCAAGACCGUCUCGGAGCUAUGUUACAACGCCCGCGAUUAUACACUCCUCAACUCGAGCAUAGCAACGCUUAGUAAGAAGCACGGUCAACUGAAGGGUGCCGUGCAAGCCCUGGUCGAGCAAGCCAUGGGCUGGCUGCCGGAGAUCCGGCAACGUGACGGUGACGAGAAGUGGCUGGAGCUGAUCGAGACUCUUCGAGCAGUGACUGAGGGCAAGAUCUUUCUCGAGACUCCUCGCGCGCGCGUUACCCUUCUCCUCGCGCAUCAUCAUGAAUCUCUCGCGGAACCAUCGAAGGCGGCAACGGCCAAGGCGACCCCGAAAGAGUCACUUGUCGCUGCGUCUGAGCUUCUCAGCGAGCUGCAAGUGGAGACUUAUUCGUCCAUGGAGCGACGAGAAAAGACCGAGUUUAUCCUGGAGCAAAUGCGUCUAUUGAUCGCAGUUGCGAGGGUGAAAGACGCGGAGAAGGAGAAGGAGGAGAAGGGCUCGAGCAGCGGAGGAGAGGCAGAAUGGAUCAAAGCUCGGGUCGGCGGGCGCAAGAUCAACGAAGAAUUUCUCAAGGAGAAGGAGAACGAGGUUCGUUCCGAUCAUCUAAUUUGCACUUUGCAAGAUUUGAAGUUGAAGUACUACGAUCUUAUGAUCCAGCAUGCUCUGCACCACAGCUCGUACCUUGACGCGGCCAAGUACUACCACAAAGUGUGGGAGACUCCGUCCGUCAAAGAAGACGAGAAUGACAAGGGCAAAUCUGCGCUGGAACAUAUUGUUUACUACGUGGUUUUGGCGCCUCACGACAACGAACAGUCCGACAUGCUGCAUCGACUAUUUGCUGACCCGGCACUCUCCAAGCCGAAGUUGGAGUUGCAGUACAACCUCGUCAAAUGCUUCACUACGCAGGAGCUCAUGAGGUGGCCUGGUAUUGAAUCCCUGUACGGACCCUUCCUCAGGAAGACGCAUGUAUUCGAAACGGAAAAGCACUGGGAGGCACUGCAUGAUCGUGUCAUCGAGCAUAAUAUCCGAGUCGUUGCAAGAUACUACACUCGCAUCACGCUCGAGCGGCUGACAUCUCUGCUGGACUUGUCAAGGCAGCAAACCGAGGAAACGCUUUCCCGUUUGGUCGUAUCUGGCUCUGUCUGGGCACGGAUAGAUCGGCCGGCGGGCAUCGUCAGUUUUAGAGCCAAGCGCAGCCCAGAAGACAUCAUGAACGAUUGGAGUUCCGACAUGCAAAAGUUGCUAGGGACCGUCGAGAAGACAUGGAUGCAGAUGAAUGCCGCGCAGGCCGCACAAUCAAAGAUCAAGGUGUAG